GGCAGGUCAGACCCCGUGGGAGAGCUCACCAUGGCCUGGGCCCUGCUUUCCUUGGCACUUCUCCACUUCUGCGCAUGGGCCUCUUCACAACCUGCCUUGACUCAGCCGUCCUCCUUGUCCGCGCCUCUGGGGCAAACCGCAAAACUCUCCUGCGACAGAAGUGGUGGGAGCAGCUGGUACGCUUUCAGCUGGUACCAGCAGAAACCGGGUCAGGCCCCUCGCAUGCUGAUCUAUGCUGACAGCAGCAGGGGAGAUGGGAUCCCGGACCGGUUCACCGGUUCCAGCUCUGGCAACACCGGCCAUCUCUCCAUCGCAAAUCUUCAGGCCGACGAUGAGGCUGAUUAUUACUGUGCUGCCGGGGAGGGCAGCAGCAGCACAUUACACAGAGCAAGAGGGGCCACCCAAGCAUCACUUUGCUCGCGAAAGCCAAAGUCCUUUGGAGAGCUCACCAUGGCCUGGGCUGUGCUUUUAUUGGCCCUCUUCCACUUCUGCGCAUGGGCCGCUUCCCAGCCUGCCUUGACUCAGCCGUCCUCCCUGUCCGCGCCUCUGGGGCAAACCGUAAAAAUCUCCUGCGACAGAAGUGGUGGGAGCAGCUGGUACUAUUUCAGCUGGUACCAGCAGAAACCGGGCCAGGCCCCUCGCAUGCUGAUCUAUGGUGACAGCAGCAGGGGAGAUGGGAUCCCGGCCCGGUUCACCGGUUCCCGCUCUGGGGGCACCGGCCAUCUGUCCAUCGCAAAUCUGCAGGCCGACGAUGAGGCUGACUAUUACUGUGCUGCCUGGGAGGACAGCAGCAACAUGCUACACAGUGGGGCCUCUUCGCAGCCUGCCUUGACUCAGCCGUCCUCCCUGUCCGCGCCUCUGGGGCAAACCGCAAAACUCUCCUGCGACAGAAGUGGUGGGAGCAGCUGGUCCGGUUUCAGCUGGUUACAGCAGAAACCGGGUCAGGCCCCUCGCAUGCUGAUCUAUGCUGACAGCAGCAGGGGAGAUGGGAUCCCGGACCGGUUCACCGGUUCCCGCUCUGGCAACACCGGCCAUCUCUCCAUCGCAAAUCUGCAGGCCGACGAUGAGGCUGAUUAUUACUGUGUUGCCUGGGAGGGCAGCAGCAACAUGCUACACAGUG